AGUGAAUACAAAUGUGAAAGUGACGCGACUGACAUUUUCAAAUCGAAAGAAAGGAAAAAAAAAACAGUUGUACAACUACAUCUACUGCUCUAUCACUUUGUUAUUUAUUUAUUUUAUUUUUUUGUUAGCUAUCAUGUCUGCGCAGUUAACAUUUUCGUUUUAAUAUUUGUUCAAGUAAAAUAAACUAAAUUCAUGUGAAAAAUAAAUGAAUUAAAAAGACUUUUAAAGUUUUGACAUCGCCAAAUACUUAGAAUGUGAACCAAAAUCAUAAUAAAAUUCAAAAAACAAAAUAUAUUAAAUAGUGUAUUAAGCUGAACAGAAACCGAAAACAUAACCUCAAAUCACGAUGUUUAUUUAUAAUUAAAUAGAAUUUAAGGAAAUUUUAAAGAAACAAAACAACUCCGUUUUUUUUAUUUUUGUAAAUAAUUUCCUCGUUUCAACCAAAAACGUUGAAGACAAACAUGAUGUCAUCGAAAAAUUUGCUGCCGCUACCUGAACUUGAGUAUGGGGAUCAAAGAGCAUUUAAGCAGAGAUCACAAAAUGAUGGAUUACGUUCACGAAAGCGACCACCAAAACUCAAUCAAAAACAAAUGGAUUCCAGUUACAAUCGCAGUUUAAAUCAUUCCAUUCCGCAUGCAAUUUCAUUUCGACAAAAUAACUACAGUGCCAGCAACUCCCUAUCGAGUGAAUCGUCACUAACCAAUUCAGUGUAUCGGCCAAGUUUACGUGAAUCCUAUUUUGAACAGUGUUUUGAAGUGGUCGAUCGACUUGGAGAAGGUUCAUUCGGAGAAGUAUUUAAAGUGCGUAGCAAAGAGGAUGGCCAAUUGUAUGCGGUUAAAAAAUCACUACAAUUAUAUCGGGGUGAAACAUCACGACAGGAACGUAUCGAAGAGGUUCGACGAUACGAACAAUUUAGCGAACAUGAAAACUGCAUCACAUUGCACAAAGCUUGGGAACAAAAUGAUUUAUUGUAUAUGCAGCUGGAACUGUGUAAAUGCAAUUUGGAAACGUAUGUCAUGCAAAGGAGUGACGCACUCAGUGAAACAGAGGUCUUGAACAUUUUGGUGGAUUUAUUACUGGCACUAAAGGCGUUACACGACCAAAAUCUGAUACAUUUAGAUAUAAAACUAGAGAAUAUCAUGAUAAGCGAAGAUAAUGUAUGUAAACUCGGUGAUUUCGGUUUGGUUGCCGAUCUUCGUGCCCCAAAUUUGAUAAAUUCAUCUGAGGGCGAUUGCAGAUACAUUGCACCUGAAACGCUCGAACAUAAAUUUACAAAAGCAGCUGACAUAUUCAGUCUUGGCAUUACCAUACUGGAACUUUCCUCACGACUCGAACUACCGAAAAAUGGAUAUUUGUGGCAUGCGCUGAGAAGCGGAACAGUGCCUGAUCAUUUCCUUCGACAUUUGUCGGUAGAUUUCCAAAACGUUAUAAAAUCAAUGAUGCAUCCACGAGCAGAACAGAGACCUGAUGUUGAUACAUUGCUGGCGGUUCCAGAAAUCAAGAAAAUACUAAGGCGUCGUCGUUUGAUGAAGCCUUUUACAAAAAUCAAAAAAUGUACCAGAAAAGUAUUAAGCCUAUGGCACAUACUGAAAAUCUACAUAAUGAACCUAUUGGUAUCGCUGUUCUCCAUUUUCAAAUUGAAGCAUCUCAAAAAACCGAAUCAGCCACUCAAUAUAGCAUUGACAUCAACGCCAACAGCACCAACGAUUGCCGUUCAACAGACAUCAGAUGACUCAUUCUUGCGUUUGGACGAUUCGGAAAUUGAUUUUGAAGAUUCACCGAGUAAUCGGUCUAGUAUGAAUCGGUCAUAUGGUAAACCACCCGAAUCAUUGAUUGUAAAUUCAACGCCAUUGAAUCAUUAUAAUUCACAUGGUAGUUUUCGGCGUAGCCGUAUGGAAAUAUCCAGAACUAGCCUGGUGUUCGAUGAUAGUGACAGUCGUCCUAGUGAAUCAAUGGUAAACGGAGCAUCGUCGCUCAGGGGGAAGAAACUAUUCGACUGUUCCGAUGAAUCGGAUUGAAUUACAAUGGAAAUCGAAAUAAAAAUGGGCCAAAAAAAUAAAUGGCUAUUCGAUGGAGGAAUAUACAAUACGUCAGUAGGGAAAAAACGAGUCAUGGGACAAAUAAUUACAGCGACAUAUUAAUCAUACUAAUUUUGUAACCCACCAAAUACGCACAAAUGCAUUUGUAGUUAUACUAAUUAUUAGCAUUUAUUCCCAAGACAAAAGACAAGAAAACAAAAUCAAACAAUCAACACAUUUCAUUCGAAUGCUGUUGAACAAAUACAGAGUUGUUUAAAAUAUAAAUAUUUUUUGACACGCCCGGUAUUUAAUACGAUAGAAUGCGUUGUCUUUUUUUAAUCUAUUAAAACUAAAUCACGGCGAAAAGAGAGAAUGAUUUUUCCUUCUUAUUGAAUAAUAUGGUUUCAUGUACAGAAAACUGGAUUGAAAAUGCCUUUAUACAAGUUUUUUUAAAAAUAUUUUAUAUACAAUUUUGUUCAUUAUUUUUGUGAUAAAAUUCGGAAGGAAAUUUACCAUUUAUAUAAAAACACUAAUAAAGAUAAUCAAAUUGAUCUGAAACAA